AUGCUGCCCAGCCCAGUCCUGGUUUGGCCCCUGCUCCCCCGCAGCUUGCUCUCAGUGCUGAAAGACAGGCUGGCUGCGCUGCCCGCGCCGCUCGUGGAGAAGCUGGGGGAGGAGGUGCUUUCGGCCGUGGAGUACUGCUGCGAGCGCCGGCACCCACUGUGGGACAGCCCGCCCUCUGAGGCACGUCUCGACGAGCACGGCAGUCUGGUCUUCAGCGACUGCUUCAUGAGGCCUUCCGGAAAUACCGGCAAUUUGGCAUCUUUGCCACCUGCCCUUCGAUGUGGAGGACCAGCCCGCGAGACACUGUUAACACGGCUAGGUGCAAAAAGCACAGCGAUUGCUGUCAACCGCCAUGUUGCGGGGCAUCAUUUGCUGUGCCUGGCGUUGGCAUGCACGGAGACCGCCUCAGAGCCCGUGAUGCGCCUGGCCAACGGCGAAUCAAAUCCAGAGGAGCCUGCGUUGGGGAUACGGUGA